CUCAUCAUGUAACACAAGGACGAACGCUCGAUUUCGAUUUUAUUCGGUUUUCUCGAUGCAUUUCUAGCCCGGGAUCGUUCGUUUCGCGUGAAAUCACACCUGCAGCAACGUGUGCCACAAUGUUGCACAUCUACCGCACAACGGUUCGUACGCGGAGAACGCUGGGCGAGCAGUUGGCGAGAAGGAUGUUGCAACCGGCAACCGGCAUGCCGCUCAGCACACUUCAAUCGCCUUGGCCGAUUCGACACUGCAGUGCCAACAACGUUCGCACGUUUGACACGAUGCUCAAAGCAAGACGAGCCGAAGCCCGGCGUAGCGUACUGGUCCAAGUAAGCUCCGAGCGAUCGUACAACGAGCUGUACCGGUAUUGCUCCCAGUUCGGUGAGAUUGCCAGUGCGCACCACUACCGGGUCGAUGGGGACAGUGGCGUUGAUGGGGAUUGCCAUUACAUUCUGCUCGAGUACACGAGCCAGGAUGAGGCGGACGCGGCCAUGCAAUCGGGAGUAUUCAGCACAGAACGGCCCGGCGUACGGGCUCGCUCGAUAUUUAUGUGGUUCCGUACCGGACCUAAACCACGUCUGGUCUCUCCCACAAACGAUGCGGUCCGUCCGCUAGCCCUCGUCGACGGUGCGCGACCGAUCGAUGAGCAGGAACUGAACGGUCUCCUAGCGUCAGCGGAAACGAUCGACGAUCAGGUGAAGGUGCUUCAUCGUGUCACGAAGCUGAACGAUCUCGGCAAACGGUUACGCUUUCUGGCCGUACGACAGCUGGAAUCAUCGCUACAGGGCAUGUUUCCGCAAGCGGUGGCCCAUCCCUUCGGUUCCUCCGUCAACGGAUACGGGCGGAUGGGGUGCGAUUUGGAUGUGAUACUCGAUCUGGAUUGCCGAUCGGGUGAACCACCGGAUCGGAACUCGCGGCUCGUAUACCAUACCAAAGCGACAAAUCCCAACGAGCGGACUCAGGUACAGCGGCAACUAGAGUCGAUCGGUGACGUGCUGCAGCUCUUCCUGCCGGGUGUGACCAGCGUGCGGCGCAUACUGAAGGCCCGGGUCCCGAUCGUAAAGUACCACCACGAGCACCUGGAUCUCGAGAUCGAUCUGACGAUGAACAACAAGGCAGGCGUGUACAUGUCCGAACUGUUGUAUCUCUUCGGUGAGCUAGAUCACCGAGUACGGCCACUGACGUUCGUCGUGCGCCGUUGGGCCCAGGCCGUCGGAUUGACCAACCAGGCACCGGGCUACUGGAUCACGAACUUCUCGCUCACCAUGCUGGUCAUGUACUUUCUUCAGCAACUCUCGGCACCGAUCCUUCCCUCGAUCAACAAGCUAAUACAGCUGAGUGCGGCCAUAAAGGAACCGAGUGAACUUGUCCCACCCCUGGGACGGCUCGGCGAUGGCGAAGAUGCCGAGUGGGUUUGCAGCUUUCUGAAGAAUCCUUCGAUCUACGAGUGCUUCCGGAGCACGAAUCAGUCCACGCUCGAAGAGCUACUGCACCAGUUCUUUACCUUUUACGCUCAGUUCGAUUUCAACCAGCGUGCGAUCAGUCUAAACAUCGCCGGCACGAUCCUCAAACCUGACCACUGCCCAAUGUACAUCGUCAAUCCGCUGGAAACGGUACUGAACGUUAGCAAAAAUGUGAACCUCGAAGAGACGGAACUGUUCCGGAUACAGGUGCGCAAUGCACUCUGGUUACUCGAAACGCACGGCAAGGAAGUGGUGCAAGCGGACAGUGAGCAGUCCGAGUGGGGGCUGGUUAGUCUGUUCGGUCCACGGAAACAGAUGGAACGGAUUACCCCACAAAUGUUCUUCACCAAACGGAUGCUCAACGUGAAGGAUAUCUUCGAUGAGGUGCCAUCGGAUGACUCCACCGGGCGGCAACCGCCAUCGUACCGGAAUCCGGCAGUCAAAAGCCAAAUCGCCUCCAUUCACCGCUCGACGAAGGCCGCUAUCGGUAAACUGCAGAGUGGUGUAAACGGUGCUAACGGAAGUCGAAGUACGGCCGUCGAAGGCACAAAUGUAAAGCUAAAACACGGAGGGAACACGAAGCGACGGUGAUGAUACGAUCCCGCAAGUAACGGCCACACGGAAUAGCGAUAAAGUGAAACAGAAUAAAUUACGGAGCGAAGUUCCGUAUCGGAAAUAA